AUGGAGAGCCCGGGCUACUGCCCCCGUGCUGGCAGUGCCAUCGGGCCAAGCUGUGGGACAAGAUGUCACAACGACACCACAUGCCACUUGGGAGAGAAGUGCUGCACCCGCGGCUGCUGCACCCGCUGCGUGCUUGCUGAGCCAGCCAAACCUGGGUUCUGCCCACGGAAGCGUGCCCAGAGGAGAGCUGCUGCCUGCCCCAACCGCUGCACCGAUGACCGGGACUGCCCUGGGGAACACAAGUGCUGCUUCUCUGGCUGUGGGCUGGCCUGCACCCCUCCAGACACAGGGAGCCACCGUGCCACAGUGAAGCCUGGUGUGUGCCCCAUGGUGCUGCGGGGCUCCUUGGGGCCCUGUCUGGAGCUGUGUGACACUGAUGGUGACUGCACUGGGGACGACAAGUGCUGCACCACUGGCUGUGGCCACAUCUGCAAACCACCCACCAAGGGUAAACCAUCGGCACCCUGUGGGGACAAGACCACUACCUGCAGGCAGGGAACAUGGCCAGGUCUCUGUCCCCCUGCAGCAGAGGGUGAUCAGGCAGCCAAGUGCCUCCUCCUGUGCCUGCAGGACAGGGACUGUCCCCUUGGCCAGAAGUGCUGCCUGCAGGGCUGCAGCCGGGUCUGCGUCCACCCACUGUGGGGUACAGCGUAG